ACCAGACGCGCCGUUGCGCAGAGCUCCCUUGUCCUGCGCCGCACCGCCUCUUACCUCGCGCUCCUCCUGCGUGUGUCUUGUUUACCUUAAUUGAACCGGAGAACCGUAAAUUAUUGUUUUCUAACCUCUUUUGUACAAAGGGAAAAGGAAACCCCGAGAUUGUUUCUAUUUUCUUUGGUUUGGUUCUUCCCACGGAGCCUUUUCCACUGCGUAACUAUCCUACGGAUUUUUGGAGGGGAAGGUUUCCUUGAAGACGCAAAUUCGAUCGUGGCGAGAAACCUCGUGAUUCCCCCCAAAAAGGGAAGAAGUCUUGGCCGCGCCAGAGCAUCCCGAUUUUAAGCUUCGUCGCGCCAGACAAGGCAAGUCCGGCAGCCAAGGACAAAAGAUCAAAAGGGAGCCAGGCUGCUGCCGCUAGCCCAAAUAAGCAACCUGCCUGCUUAAUCUUGGUACCGAAGAAGGCAUCCUGGAUCCCAGCAUGACCAAAGCUGAAAUGGGCAAGCUCAACACGACUCCCGACGAGGACAGCAGCAGCUACAGCUCCAACAGCAACGACUUCAGCUACUCCUACCCAACCAAACCAGCUGCUAUAAAGAGCCAUUAUGCAGAUAUGGAUCCAGAAAACCAAAACUUUUUACUUGAAUCCAAUCCUGGGAAGAAGAAAUAUGAAACGGAAUAUCAUCCAGGUACUACUUCCUUUGGGAUGUCAGUGUUUAAUCUGAGCAACGCCAUCGUGGGCAGUGGCAUUCUAGGACUUUCCUAUGCCAUGGCAAAUACUGGGAUUGCCCUCUUUGUAAUUCUUCUACUCUUUGUGUCAAUAUUUUCUUUGUAUUCUGUUCACCUCCUGUUGAAGACUGCCAAUGAAGGAGGUUCUCUAUUAUAUGAACAACUGGGAAUGAAGGCAUUUGGCAUGGCUGGAAAACUUGCAGCAUCUGGAUCAAUUACAAUGCAGAACAUUGGAGCUAUGUCCAGUUACCUCUACAUAGUGAAAUACGAACUUCCAUUGGUCAUCAAGGCAUUCCUGAACAUUGAAGAGGAUACCGGAGAAUGGUACAUCAAUGGUGAUUAUCUGGUUAUACUGGUGUCCUUGGUGCUCAUUUUUCCUUUGUCUCUGUUGAAAAAUUUAGGUUAUCUGGGUUACACCAGUGGAAUUUCCUUGUUGUGUAUGGUCUUCUUUCUUAUAGUUGUCAUUUGCAAGAAAUUUCAGCUUCCUUGCGGAUUGCAACAUGAUUUUCUUAAUGCAACUCCAAAUGCUACUGUAGCGAAUCUGUCAACUGCUGCACCACUUCAUGGAACAGAAGUGAAUAUAACUAGCGAUGACAUGUGCACACCAAAGUAUUUUAUCUUCAAUUCACAAACUGUCUACGCUGUACCAAUCCUAACAUUUUCCUUUGUCUGUCAUCCUGCUAUUCUUCCUAUUUAUGAAGAAUUAAAAGGCCGAAGCCGCAGAAGAAUGAUGAAGGUAUCCAAUGUUUCAUUUUUUGCCAUGUUCCUCAUGUAUCUUCUGGCUGCUCUCUUCGGCUACCUGACAUUUUAUGGAAACGUUGAGCCAGAGUUGCUUCAUACAUAUUCUAUGGUCCUGGGAACUGACAUUCUUCUCCUUAUUGUGCGCCUGGCGGUCCUGAUGGCAGUAACUCUUACUGUGCCAGUUGUGAUCUUUCCAAUCCGAACUUCCGUCACACAGUUGUUGUGUGCAAGCAAAGAAUUUAGUUGGUUGCGUCAUACCAUCAUUACAGUCGCACUUCUGGUAUUCACCAACGUUCUUGUGAUCUUUGUUCCUACAAUUCGAGAUAUAUUUGGAUUCAUUGGUGCCUCUGCUGCUGCCAUGCUGAUCUUUAUACUUCCUUCAGCUUUCUACAUUAAGCUAGUGAAGAAGGAACCAAUGAAAUCUGUACAGAAGAUUGGGGCUGCUCUUUUCCUGAUCAGUGGCAUCUUUGUGAUGACUGGAAGCAUGACGUUGAUCAUUCUGGACUGGACCAGCAAUGCUGCUUCUAACGGUCAUUAACUUUGUGUUUUUGGACCCCUGUGUUUGCCCAACCAUCCCAGAAAGAACUUCUUACCCAUGUUUGCAGUUCUGCUUCCUUUGAAAUGCAGAUUCUUUGAUGCUGGUUCUUCUGAUUGUAGAAUAGGUGAACUUUCUUUUGUGAAAAAAAGAAACUAUUCUGCACAGUGGGAAUGGAUGCUAACUUCGAACCACCUGAAUCUUUGGCUGAGGGAAGUGACUAUUUAUUCCAUUCCAGAGAAUGGACAGCUCUCUCUGUAAAAUUUUAUCAAGCCAUGUUUGGCUUUUGUCAUUGUUACUUGGGUAUUUUUAUUAUUUACUUGAAUGUGCCUAAUGGAAACAAUUGAUGGGAGAAAUAUGUUCGUUUACAGAAGGGGGCUAAGCUAACCAUUGAAAGUGAGAAAGGAAAACACUAUUAUUUUUGUACCAAAAAUUUUAUGGACCUCAGAAGCACUAUUUUGACUUUAAGAAAAUGUUUUGUAAGUUGAUCCAAAUAAGGGCAGAAUGUUUAAUCAGUAUUCAAAAUUCACAUGUUUUGCCUGUCCAAAGAGGCAUACCCUUAAAAUUAUAUUUUUGGCCAUAAGAAAUUAUUUUUGGAAACCUAUUAUAUGAAAGGUUGACCAAUUGGAAAGACUAGAUCUGUAACUGAAUUCUCUAUGUAACUUAAUUAUGCUAAAACAAAUUAAAACCAAACAAAUAUUUCUGACUAACACUCCAAGUUAAUAUAUCUAAUCCAAUCAACAUAAAUCAUCAUGCUCUAUUUCAAUUAGGCAUUUGAUCAAAUAGCAUGUUUUCAAAAAAGAUUUCAUACAGUCAAAACAGUUGAAUUGUAUGUCAUGAACACAGCAUCCAAUUCAAUUAGAGCUGUACCCUACUAAGCCCUUUAACAUUAAGGAGGGAUGUACAGAAGCAGCAUUUAGCUAAUCACUGAUCUUUUAAUGAUGAUGCAAUGUUAGCAUUUUUCUUCUUGAGGUACUCAAUAGUGCAAUUAGAGAAAACAUUUCUGUCCACCCCAGUCACCCCUUUGAUCCAUUGUUCUUAUUAAUCCUUCACACAGAGCUCCCUUACUGCCAUCAUACGAAUUACUGACAAUGUUACACAUUUUGGCUUUGUUUUACUUUUUGGAAUGAGGUCCUAUUAUGGGUUGCUAACAGUUCAGUAUUCACUGGCUGUACAAUAUUUUUCAGCAUCAGGUUUUUAUCCGUUUUUGGAGUUUUAAUUUAUUUUAUGUUUCACUCUUGAACAAAAGAUACUCCUAAUUAUGUAACAAUACACCGGGUUUUGGUGUUUCUCACAAAAUUUCUCUUCGUCAGGCAACUAGGAUUCUUAAUGCAACUCGUGUUUUUAAAACCUUGACUGACUACACUGUCAUCUCAUGUGUGUUCAUUUUGAAAUAGCUCUGUGCUGUUUAAGCCUUAAGUUUGCUUUAAGGGUGGAAAAUGCAGGUUGUAUACCCUUGUUAUUAACAGUAUGAUUGCUCUCUGUAUGCAAAAGGAUUACUUUGUAUGGGACAUAAGGGACUAUUCUUUUUCCUUGGCCUUUCUCCCUCUGGUGUACACAGCCAGCAAACCAGGCGUUACUAGGAAUGGUGGUUUUGUAUACCCCUCCUAUGUCCAGCCUGCCUGUCAGAACACAGAAAGGCAGAGUGGGGACAAAGGGAUGGUACACAGUUUUGCCAUUCCUGGCAUUGCCAGACAAGGGCAUUCCAUGAAUUGUGCUGAGUGGGAUGUAAGGCAGGAAGGGAAUUGUGCCUUCAUGGUGAUGCAUAAAAUUGACUCAUGGCCCAUUUUGUUCCCAUGCAUGUUCAAUGCGUUAUUUUAAUCCCAGGCUGAAGACAUGUACCUGCAUCAGAGCGCAUUCAGCCUUGCUUCAUAUAGAUGGAUGCUGCCAGACAAGGCAUUCUAAUAACCUAGACGGGCAGAGUGUGGCACCAUACAACCCCAUGGACGGCUUUUAAUGAUGCCCGUCUGGCAUAAUCAUUUAGAAGACCACUUUAUCUAAAGAAGUAGCAGUUGAGUUGGAGGGAUCAAAUGAUAGCAUGUAAUUAGCUAACCAAACAAACAUUUUCAUUUGAUUUUAAGUCGAGGCCCAUUUUCAGAUUUUGGCAGAUGUCUGCCAUUGUGUCUAGGUUUUUAUAUCUGCUUAUGGAUUUAAAAAAAAAAUGUUGGUAUACUACAUGGCAACUGCUAGCCACAGAUUCCAUUGAAGUCAGUAUCAAGGGGAACCUGCCUUCCUGGAAAAUGAUUCUAAUUUUUUGCUUGCCAGUCGUGAAUGGCUUGACAUUUUGAAUCAGAAGUAAAGUCCAGGAAAGGGCAACAUUACUUGCUAACAGCCCUGAUUAUCCUCAUUCUCAGAGCAACCAGAUAACCCAGCAACUACAUUUUUACUUGAGAACUCAAAUUUUGUUCUAUGCUGAAUGAAUGCAUAUGAAGGAUGAUAUCUUACAAUUUCAAAAGAUCACAGUUAUUCAAGCCUUGAUUGAUAAUUAGCUAUAUCUCAGACCCACCACUGGCUUCAAUGGAUUAGGGUUUUAUUACACCGCUGCAACAGCUUAAUGAAAAAUGCAUUUUCCCUCUUGUACUAGUCUAGUGGUACUCAGUUUAAUGCUUUGGAUAUUCCUUGUUUUGUAGAACAAUGCUCAAAACGGGCAGCUCUUCCUCUGUACCUGUUAAUGUGUCUUCUUAUAUAACAGGAGGAGAAAGACUAGUAUUGCCCAGAACUUUUGGUAUGGGAUAGGGAACAACUAUAAAGCUCUUGUUCAACACUAAGGAGAAGCUAUAGUCUAAAAAGAUAGCUUCAUUGGUUCACCCAUCUUAACAACUGGAAGAGUCACAGAUGAAAAAAACGUGAUCGUAUUUACUGUUGUGCCUCGAUAAAUUACACUGAAUCAUUGCUGGGCCAGUGAUAUCUGGACAGUACACUGUGAAUCUCACAGCUUUCUGCCAUUUGGUAACUACAACCUUCAGCUGCUUCUGCAGCUGGGUACCACUAGGGCAGCCUUCCCCAACUUGGUGCUCUCCAGAUGUGUUAAGACUGCAGUUCCCUUCAUUCCCAACCAGCAUGGCUGAUGCUGGGAAUUUGAGCCCAACACCUUUGGAGAGUAGCAUGCUGUGGAAGACUGCGCCUCUUUCUGGAGAUUUCUAAAUACCAUGUGAACUAGUAGUUUCAGUAUUAAUUAAACCACUGUUUGUCACCUCAUUUUAAAAUUACUGUCUUCCAUGUUGUUUCAUUCAUACAGUGUAACAUGUUAUUUAUAGAAGAGUAACCUGUUGAAGUUGACACCUAUUUUUCAGUAUUUAUGGAUAGCCUCUGUAUGUAAAUUGUGUGUAUAUAUUGUAAGUAUAUUGUAUAUAUACUUAUAUCCAGUAUAGGUGUAUUGUAUAUAAUAUAGGUUUGGGAUUUUGUGUUUCUGUAUAUAGGCUUUCACUAUAUGGCUGUUGGCUAAUGCAUUAUGUCCAUGAUUCAUUCAUAUUGUAUACCCAGGAAAGGUCUAUCAGAUAGAAGCUUCCAGAGAAACCGUAGGGUUGCCCAGACUGAAAUUCUGUGUAAUCAGGUUGCACAAAGAGACACUAAAAUUGGUUAUCCACUAAUCUAAGUGAGCCCAAGGCCACAUGCUAGUCAACAUCUUUUCUUCUAUGAACCAUACGCCCCACUCCAUAUCACAAACUGGUAAGAAAACAUUUCUCAGUUUCAAAAGCAGUUUGGUAUGUGGUGGAAAGGUAGCUGCUGAUGCAGAAAAAGCUGCCUAAAGCUCUUUUGGGGUUCAUAGAAUUAAGUUUAUAAUACUUGGUAAUCUAGGCAAUGUGCAGAGAGACUGUAACAAGUGCAAAAGUCCAUGACUGCAUGGGCUUUGUUGCGUGAACCCAGUUUUCCCCCCACUCAAACAGGGGCUUAAGAAUCUCUGUAGCGUGUGGAGCUUCUGACUGGGCACCUCUGUUAUUACAAAUGUGUACACUGCAAUGAAUAGUAUCUUCGAUCCACGACGUUCAGGUUUUCGGAGUACAAUUGCCAUUGAUGUUUUAAGUGAUUGAUUUUCAAAUCAAUGUAUCAAGCCUUCAUGUACAGGCAUGAUUAUUUGUAUAUAUUGUAUAUGUAUAUAUAUAGAGAGAUACACACUGUAUUGUUAGAUCAACAGUUGAACUGCAAUUGUUGAAAAAGAGUGCUACACGGUUUCAAUGAAACACUGUAUGUUUUAACAAACUAAAAUAAAGUUAUAAUCUUA